CUGGAAAAGACAAAUAAAAAAUACUCAUACUAGAAACCAGAAACAUUUUCUUUGGAACUCCGCCCAUAGGAUAUGCACACACACAUUCGUAUGUAUUAUCCUUAGCUUCUGUUUAGUAACAGAACAAACCCUGUCAUAACAUCGAACAUAUAAAGAGAUGGCCUUAAUUCCUACACCGGAAACCUUAUCUCUUUCUGUUGUGUCCAACUCUCCCCAUUACAAGUCCACCGCCGUCGCCGCCGUCUUCCACCACCACCCGCCGGCGUGCCAUCCGUUCAAAUCCGCCGUUUCUCUCUCUCCCUUUCGCCGGCCGUCAUGGUCUCUUAAACCCCUCGCUUCCGCCACUAACUUGAUGUCCAGUUCAGUACCGCCAAAAAAUGGAUUAUACACUGUGGGGGAUUUUAUGACUAAAAAAGAGGAAUUGCAUGUGGUAAAACCAACAACAACUGUAGAUGAAGCAUUGAAUGCUCUUGUAGAGAACAGAAUAACUGGUUUUCCUGUGAUUGAUGAGGAGUGGAAAUUGGUGGGUCUUGUUUCAGAUUAUGAUCUACUUGCAUUGGAUUCUAUAUCAGGUAGUAGUCGAUCUGAUACAAGCAUGUUUCCUGAAGUUGACAGCACAUGGAAAACAUUCAAUGAAGUGCAGAAUUUACUCAGUAAAACGAAUGGGAAACUGGUUGGUGAUUUGAUGACACCCGCUCCUGUGGUUGUGCGGGAAUCUACAAAUCUUGAAGAUGCUGCUCGAUUGUUGCUCGAAACAAAAUAUCGCCGACUUCCAGUCGUAGAUAGUGUGGGAAGGCUGGUUGGCAUCAUUACAAGGGGAAAUGUUGUCAGAGCUGCCCUUCAAAUAAAACGAGCUGCUGAAGCAGGAGCUUAACAGGAUGCUAAGUUUUCCAUACGAGUUUGCAGAAAGUUUCGAUUGGUAAGACAUGAAUCACAUGUGCUCUUGAUUAACUUAUACGAUAUGGGAAACCUUGGCAUAGAGAACUGCAGGGAAUGCAAAGUAUUUAAAAGUUGAAAUUGAGGUGUGUAAAAUUUUGUCGUGCAUAUACAAGGCUGAUAAGACGUGCCAGAAUACUAGUUGAGGUUCGUUACAACUGCUUCUUACUUCACUCAGUUGUACAAAUAGGAAAAGUUUGGGAAUAAAUAUAUGCACAACAUUUUCCUGAAUGUCUGUGGCAUCACACCUCAAUUAUACAGCGCUUGCUGGGUUGGAGAAAGAGUGGUAAUUUGUUAAGUUAUCUUCGGACAUUUUUCUGUGUGUUGUCUAGUUGAUCAAUGACAAUGUCUUAUAGUAUGCUUUACA